AUGGCUCAAAAACCACUCCGCGACUGGGUUUACCUAGUCAUGAUCAUCCCUCAACUCAUCGGCAUGAUCGUCCUCGACUUUACGGAAUUCUACCCAGAAUCUCUCUACGUCUCUCCUAAAGCUCCCCUGCACUUUCUGACCGUCAUCCGCGACACCUAUCUCUCCCUGUCAGGCGAUCCCUUUUACGGCUCAGCCUUCACCGGCGAGUGGCUUCACAGCAUGUACUACAUCGAACUAUUUGUUCAAUUCCCCCUCGCUGCGUAUGUUGUCUGGAACAUGGCGUCCAAGAAGCCUACUUCUGGACCUACUGAGCUUGCUGGGUUAGCUUUUGGGUGCUUGACUGCCAUGGGCUCUGUCGCCUGUGUCGCCGAGCUUUUGGCCAUGGGGCCAGAGAUGGUGAAUGAUCAGCAAAAGUUGACUUUGGCUUGGGGCACGUAUUUCCCUUAUGCAUUUAUGCCUGGUGUAAUGGCUGUGGAUAUGUACAUGAGGUUAUUGCGACGCGUGAGCAACGAUACCAAGUCCAAGACACAGUAA